AUGAGUGCAGCAGACCUGCGUUUUCUUGCUUUUCUCCGGCUGCUGCCUCCUCUCGGUCUAGCAGCAGCAGAACUUCUUGCUGUCUUAGCUGUCGGCCGCAGCGGCAUCAUCAUCUCCCGAAAGCUGCUGGCUGUGCACUGCCACGCCUUUCUAGACAAACCUCCUGCUGCUGCUGCUGCUGCUGCUGCUGCUGCAGCAACAGCAGCAGCAGCAGGAAACAGCAGCAGCAGCAGCAGCGGAAACAGCAGCAACACGAGUUCUAGCGGUGCAACUACCAACGCAGCCAAUCCAGCAGCAACAAGCACUACAACUGCCACCACCACCAGCAGCAGCACCACCACCACCAGCAGCAGCAGCAGCAGCAGGAGCAGCAGGAGCAGCAGGAGCGUGAGCAGCAGCCUGAAGGUUGCUGCUGUUGCUGCUAUGUGGCUGGUGCUGGGGCCCCGGUACCUCUGCCGGCUGGGGGAGUCGCAGCAGGGGCGCAGGUUGUUUGAUUAUGUGCAGAUACUGCUGCUGCUGCUAGAGCAGCAGGAUCGCCACAACUCUCAAGCGUUACAGAGGAAGCAGCAGCAGCAGCAGAAACAGAAGAACACGAAAGAAAACAACCAGCAGCAGCAGCAGCAGCAACAGCUGCAGCAACAGCAGCAGCAGCAACACCACCUAUGUGGGCGCAUGUUGCUGAAGGCAGAACCCCCGCGGGGCACCGCGUGGGGCCGUGGGGAUCGUCUUCUCCUGCAGCAGCAGCAGCAGCAGCAGCAGCAGCAGCAGGAGCAGCAGCAGGGGGAGCAGCAGCAGCAACACCAACAGCAGCAACAUCAUCAUCGGGAGCAGCAGCAGCAGAUGGUUCUCCUCGACGUGGUGGUGCUGGUGGAUCUCGUCGUGCUGCUGCAUGCAGCAGCAGCAGCAGCAGCAGCAGCAGCACAGAAGCUGCUGCUGCUGCUGCUGAUUGGCUGCUGGAGCGGUGGGAGUCAGACCCCGACGAAGAUGAAAUAUAUAAAGAUGCCUCUCCUCCUCCUCUGCAUUGCAUGCAGCGUGAAUCGCAGCAGCACCCAAGCAGCAGCAGCAGCAGCAGCAGCAGUACACGAGCUGCUGUUGGUGGUGGUUCUUCACCUCCAUCUGCAGCAGCAAGUAGCAGCAGCAGCAGCAGCAGCAGCAGCAGUAGCAGUCCAACAAGCAGCACAACGCCAGCAUCAAGCACAUCAUCAACGACCCUAA